AUGAAUAAAUGUAAAGUAAAAACAGAUUAUAGAUCACAUCAUAGAGUAUUUUAUGGAUUUAGGAGAGAUUAUCCUGGACAAUUGACAGGUGUAUUGUCUCAAGAGGAAUACUGUCAAAUCCUAUCUAAAAUCAAUACCUAUACAUUUACAGAGAUACCAAAGAUCAUUAUAUUGUUUUUGGUUCUGAUGGUGGUAGGCAUUGUACUCGUAUUUGUUGGUAUAUCUAAAUUCUAUUGGUUCUUGGUUGGUAUUGGUUUUGGUUUGGCCAUUGCAUCCAUCAUAGUGAUGGCACUCAUCCAACACUCUUUUCACCAAACCUAUCUUCGUAAACUCUAUCUCAUCAUCAAAGAAAUCAAUAAUACUUUGGGUCCAAGAUCAAUUACAUUCAAUGUUAGAAUUAAACAUAAAUCAAAAACUUCAAACAAAAAAUCAAAAUUAUAUUUGGAAAUUGAAUACCCACAAAUUCCAAUUCAAGUUAUUUAUACAACUUCUUCAGCGUCUAUUUCAUCAACUCAAUUAGUUGAUCCUAAUCAAAAUAAUCAAAAUCACAAUACUACGAAUCAAACAAAUUAUCAACAACAUUCCAAUAAUAAUCCUACGAUGAUGAAUGUUCCUUAUCAACUUCAAAGAGCAGUUCCAGUGAUGGUUGGAGUAGGAUAUCCAUCACCAUCACAACAAACACCAGUUAUUGUUUAUCAUCCACCUUACCAACAACAGCAUCCCUACCAAGUGUCAGCAACACCUCCACAAGGAAGUUACCAGGAAUAUUACCCUCCUCCAACCUUUCAGCCUGGGGAUCAACAUCUUUCUCAACCACCUCCUAUACACCACCAUUCAUCUUGA